AUGCAUGAUGAACAAUUCGUGUCGGGGAACAAUGACAGUGGCUACCACGAUUUGGCCAACUUACCACAUGCUGAACUUUCUGCCAGUCAGCUACUGCAUGAACCUUCAGCCAAUGCCUCACCUCCUGAUGAAGUUAUCCCUCAGUCAUCAUGUGAUCAUGAGGCACACACAGAUCCUUCAUUGUGCACGAGAGGUAAUGGCUCAGAAUUUAUUGCCCUAUUGGUCUACAUCGAUGAUAUUCUGGUAGUAAGCAGCAAGCUAUCUCUCAUCCAGGAACUGAAAGACUUACUGCAUACAACCUUCAAAAUCAAGGACUUGGGCAUUCUUGGUUACUUUUUGGGAAUUGAAGCCAAAAUCAGUAGCACUGGUCUAAAUCUCUGUCAGCGAAAGUAUGCACUUGAGAUCCUUGAUGAUGCAAGGUUUUUACACUGCAAGUCGGUCCGUACGCCCAUGACACCGAGAGUUCUUUUAACUCAUACUGAUGGUUUGCCUCUACUUGAUCCAAACAGCUAUCGACGGUUAAUCGGGAGGCUAAUAUACCUUACGGCAACUAGACCAGACAUCACAUUUGCAGUGCAUCACCUUAGUCAGUUUGUAAGUUCACCCACUGACAAACACAUGACAGUUGCUUACCGCAUAUUAAGAUACAUUAAGGGCUCUCCAGGUCAGGGACUAUCCUACCCAGCCAACAAUAAGCUCAAGCUUCAAUCUUUCUCAGACUCUGACUGGGCGUCUUGCUCAGAAUCCAGCAAAUCAGUCACUGGUCUAUGUGCCUUUUUAGGCUCAUCUCUUAUCUCAUGGCACUCAAAGAAAGAGGCUAUUGUCUCCAAAUCUUCUUCCGAGGCAGAAUAUCGAGCCUUAGCCAUGACAACAUGCGAGUUACAGUGGUUAAACUCCCUUCUUCAAGACCUACAAGUAACCACAACUGAGCCUAUCGUCAUCUUCGGCGACAGUAAAUCUACUAUAGCAAUAGCUGAGAACCACAUGUUCCACGAGAGGACUAAGCACAUCGAGAUCGAUUGCCAUGUCGUGAGAGAAAAGAUUGUCUAA